GCUCGCGCGCCGCGGCGAGAGCCCCUUCUUUCGCGCCAUCAUCCAAUGCGCUUUCCCCCAACUACGGAACGCUCCACAAUCUUAUCCAAUAAUUAUCGCCAUUGGGCGAUACCUUAUCUCGUGCAAUGACGCGAUAUUUUAAAGUUCUACCGAGAUAAGAGACUAGUGAUUAAAACUCAGGUGUAGAAUGUGUGUCUGACCGCUAUCGUUGCAAAGAAACUUUAACAACCGUUACUUAGUGCUCGAUUACAAAUAUUACGAUGUCGUUGUUCAAGAAGAAAGCGCCAAAAUACACGGCGCCCCCUGUGCCGCCCGUGCCGGCCGAGGAAGUGCCUCCUGCUAAUGGAGUGGACAACAACAAUGGUGCUCAGAAAUCGCAGCUGGUCUUCCAUUGCCAGCAAGCCCAUGGCAGCCCUCUUGGACUUAUUUCUGGGUUUUCUAAUGUCAAAGAAUUAUACCAGAAAAUUGCUGAAUGCUACGACUUCCCACCAGAAGAUAUCCUGUUCUGCACAUUGAACACGCAUAAAGUAGACAUGAAGAAGCUCCUAGGAGGACAAAUCGGAUUAGAAGAUUUUAUAUUCGCGCACAGAAAAGGUCGACCCAAAGAAAUAGAAAUUGUCAAGACAGAAGAUGCUCUUGGCCUAACCAUUACGGACAACGGUGCCGGAUACGCGUUCAUCAAGAGAAUGAAGGAAGGUUCUAUAGUUUCGAGAAUACCGCAUAUAGAGGUCGGUGACCACAUUGAAAAACUAGACGGAUUAAAUAUGGUGGGCAAAAGACAUUACGAAGUAGCAAAAACAUUAAAAGAUAUCCCUAAAGGCACGACAUUUACUAUACGACUUGUGGAGCCGCUAAAGAGCGGUUUUAACAGCAUUGGACCAAAGACGAGUAGUGCCAGGGCAGGAAAGAAACAAAAUUAUGGCUCAGGGAAGGAAACACUUAGAUUUAAGGCAAAUGGUCAGGCCACUAUUGAAAAUGAGCAUGACGAGAAAUCGAAAGCGGGCAUAGAGAAAAUAAACUCUCUGUUGGAAUCUUUCAUGGGCAUCAACGACGCCGAGCUGGCUACGCAAAUGUGGGACUUGUCUGAGGGCAAAACAAAUUCCAUGCAGCUAGCUGAAGCUAUAGACAACAGCGACUUGCAAGAAUUCGGGUUUACGGAUGAAUUCAUUAUUGAACUUUGGGGAGCUAUCACAGAUGCUAGAUCUGGCAGGCUCAGUUAGAAAUACUAUUGGUAGACAAAGACAUAAUUUAAUCCAAACUUGGCUUGAGCACUAUCGUGUUAAGUAUUUAAAUUGCCUAUCGCAACGCAUUCUCAUGUUCA